AUGUUAUCUGAUGAUUCAUUACAAACAUCAGAACCACAAUCACCACAUCCACCGCAGCCAGCAUCACGACGAUCCUCAUCUAAAUUAUCAUCAUCAUCAUCUUUUCAAUUACUUUCAGCAUGUACAGGCAAACAAAAACGUCGUGAACGUCAUGAUUCCAAUACGACAGAUAGCUCAUCAUCUCAAACUGUCAUCCGUCGUACAACAUCAUGGCGAUGGGUGAUCGUUUUUGCCUCAUUUUGUGUACAUUUUGUUGCUGAUGGUCUUCUUUUUUCAUUUGGUAUACUUAUGCAUUCAAUCAAAGAUGAUUUAAAACUUGAACUACAUACUGUCGGUAUUAUUGCAUCAUUAUUUGUUAGUUUACCUCUCUUAUUAGCACCCUUAUGUAGUGCAAUGGUAAAUAAAAUUGGAUGUCGAAUUAUGACUAUGUUAGGUGGUUUACUUUGUUCUAUCGGAUUACUUUUUGCUUCGUUUUAUGGUAAUUUUCUUGGUGCACUUCUUGGUAUUGGAAUAACCUGUGGUAUUGGUCUGUCAUGUGUUUAUGUUCCAGCAGUUGUUAUUGUAGCACAUUAUUUUGAUGAAAAUCGUGCUAUUGCAACAGCUGUUGCCGUUGGUGGUACAGAAAAACCCAUUAAAAAAACAUAUGAAUUUCUAGGUCUUGGUAAUGCUGUUGUUGCACAAUUAAUUCAUGUGUUAAAUGAUUAUUAUGGUGAUUGGAGAGACACAACAUUAUUUUUAUCUGGUAUUCUUUUUACAAUUGUUCUAUUUGGAGCACUUUUUCGUCCUGCAGAAUUUACAUUUCAUCGUAAAGAUAAAAAUUAUCAUCAUACAAUGAAUGAUAUGCGUUUACCACCAUCGUGUAUGACAUCAAUGGAAAAAUUACAACGUUUUAUUGUUGAAAUGGAUAAACAAUGUGCAUUAAGACAUGCAAAUCAAUCAGUUAGUAUAUCAAUAUCAAAUAAUAAUGAACGAGUAUCAAAUCAUGAUCGAAUAUCAACACAUGAUGAUAAUGAUUCAAUAUCAGUUGCAAAUGAAUCGGAUCUAUUUGAUUCAUAUUCAGCUGAUGAUAUAACAGAAAUUCAACAUGGAAAUAAACCAACAAUAGAUAUGAAAACAUUUCGGGAGAAAAUUUCAAAUGAUAGAACAUUUAUAAAUGAACGUUGGAAAAAAAUAACAAAAAAACAAGGAGAAACAGGAACAAAUUCGAGAUUAUUUCGUAUGCCAAAUUUUCGUUAUUUAAUAUCAAAUAAAACAAAAGAACGAAAUAGUACACUGACAAUACCGAAUCAAAAUAAAAAUCCAUUAAUUGAUAAGAUAAAUCCACCAGCCCAUCAUUUAGGUCAUCAUGGUCGAGAUAGACAAAUUCCUAUUUUGAAUGAUCAAAAACAACCUAGACUCUCAACACAAAUACCAAUCGAAGAAAAUCUUAAUAAAAAAGAACCAAUUAUAAUAGUAUCAGAACAUAUUGAUUUAGCACCAAUAUCAAAUAAAGAGAUAACUUUAGCUCGACGUCCUUCAGUUCGAUUUCGUUCUCUUGCACCGGGUCAACAAAAACAACAUUUAUUACAAGUUUAUUAUCAACCAAUUAAUCAAAAAGAUAUUUUUUAUCCUGGAAAUGUUCCAAGAAAAUUAUCUGAAAAAAAACAAGCAUUAUCAGCUAUAAGUUGUCCUGAUUUAAUUCAAUCAUAUGUAUAUGAAGAAUCUGCAACAUCUAUUUCUAGUUCAUCAUCAGAAUCCGAUGAUGAGGAUGAGGAUGAAAAUGGUUCUGGACAUCAUCGUCGUCGACGUCGUCGAUUACUUUUCUAUCGUAAAGGUUUAUCAUUUCUACAUACAUUACGUCGUAUGUUAGGUUUACAAUUAUUUCGUGAUUAUCGAUAUGUAAUGAUAUUUAUCUCACAAUUUCUAUUUUAUUUAUUUUAUGAUUUAAUUUAUUUAUUUCCGGUUGAUUAUGGAGAAACAGUUAUUGGUUAUUCAAAAGCACAAAUGACUAUGUUAGUGACAUACCUUGGUCUAGGUCAAUUUGUUGGUCAAUUAUUCUUUGGUUUUCUAGCUAAUUAUUCAGUUAUUGAUGAAUUAAUAUUGUAUAAUAUUGGUGCAAUAUUUUGUAGUAUUGCUAGUUGUCUUAUACCAUUUGUUGCGUAUUCAUAUGUUGCAUUAGUAAUGGUAAUUGUACUAUUUGGACUUUCAGUAUCCGCAAACUAUGCAUUAACAUCUAUUAUUCUUGCAAAUAUGUGUGGUUUAGAAUUAUUAACGUCAGCUUAUGGACUUAUUCUACUUGGACAAGGUUUGUCAUCUCUAUUUGGACCAAUUAUGGGUGGUUGGAUUGCUGAACAUUAUGGAUAUAAAUCAUCAUUAAUUAUAGCUGGAAUAUUUAUGGGUUUAUCUGGUUGUGUAACAAUGAUUUUAUAUGUAAUGCAAUUUUUACAAGAAAGAAAAAUAAAAAAUACAAAAACUGAAAAACCGAUCAAAACAAAUAGGACGAUUGUUAAGUCAGAUAGUUAG